CUGCCCACCUCCAGCUGAUGCUCUCUGACACCUCAGCCUAGUCAAUCUAUUACAGACGUCCGGUACAUAGGAUCUCAAAGUGUGAGCUACAGUUUAAAUUCCAGCACGCUACAGUGGACAACUGUAUCACAACAACACUGCAGUGUUUGACCGAUCAUGAAGCUGAAGCUCCCCAACCCGGGUCUGGAGGACAGGAUACUGUCCCAUCAGCAACUGGACAAGCUGGAGAAGGAAGAGGUCGGGGACAGGCCGAAGUGGGACAACAAGGCCCAGUACAUGCUGACUUGUGUGGGGUUCUGUGUUGGACUUGGAAAUGUCUGGCGUUUCCCUUACCUGUGUCAGAGUCACGGAGGAGGUGCGUUUAUGAUACCGUUCCUCAUCCUACUGAUUCUCGAAGGGGUCCCACUGCUCCACCUCGAGUUUGCCAUUGGCCAGCGCUUAAGAAGAGGCAGCUUAGGAGUGUGGUCUUCAAUUCAUCCGUAUUUGACAGGCAUUGGUAUUGCAUCCAUGUGCGUGUCUCUGACGAUCAGUCUCUACUACAACACCAUCAUUGCUUGGAUUAUGUGGUAUUUCUUCAACUCUUUCCAAGAGACCCUGCCUUGGAGUCAAUGUCCCAUGAACGGCAACUUAACAGGAUUCAGCUCUGAGUGUGAGAGGAGCUCCCCCGUGGAUUAUUUCUGGUACAGGGGAACCCUGAACACGACUCCAUCCAUUGAAGAGGACGGCGGGCUGCAGUGGUGGAUACUGUUAUGUCAUAUUUGUGCAUGGGCUGUUCUCUAUAUUUGCAUAAUUCGUGGGAUUGAGACCACGGGGAAGGCUGUGUACGUGACUUCCACUCUUCCCUAUGUGGUGCUCACAAUAUUCCUGAUCAGAGGUUUGACCCUGAAGGGUUCUUUGAAUGGAGUCAAAUUUCUCUUCACACCAGACUUAACAGAGCUGGCCAAGCCAACAACGUGGCUGGAUGCAGGGGCUCAGGUUUUCUAUUCCUUCUCCCUGGCUUUUGGUGGUCUCAUUUCCUUUUCCAGCUACAACUCGGUGCACAACAACUGUGAACAGGACGCAGUGAUCAUUUCAGUAAUAAACGGUUUCACCUCCGUCUACGCUGCAACGGUUAUUUACACCAUUAUUGGCUUCAGGGCGACGGAGAGAUUUGACAACUGUCUUUCUGGAAACAUCAUAACAUUGCUAAAUACGUUUGAGCUUCCCGAUGGAAACAUCACUGGUGACAACUACAAUCUGGCCUUUCAGCAGCUCAACGAAACAUACCCCGAGAUCAUUCGACAGAUGGAUCUGCAAACCUGCAACUUGGAAACUUUCCUGAGUGAGGGAGUUGAAGGGACGGGUUUAGCCUUCAUUGUCUUCACUGAGGCCAUCACUAAGAUGCCGAUCUCACCACUGUGGUCGGUCCUUUUCUUCCUAAUGCUCUUCUGUCUCGGCCUCUCGUCUAUGUUUGGCAACAUCGAGGGAGUCCUGGUGCCGCUGCAAGACCUCAAAAUUUUGCCAAAGACAUGGCCAAAAGAAGCAGUCACGGGUGUGACGUGUGUUAUCUGCUGCUUUGUGGGUUUGAUAUUUGUCCAGGGCUCUGGGAACUACUGGCUUUCUCUCUUUGACACCUAUGGAGGAUCCAUCCCUCUGCUAGUUGUUGCAUUCUGCGAGAUGGUCUCAGUGGUGUACAUAUACGGGAUAGACAGAUUCAAUGACGAUAUAAAGUUCAUGAUUGGCCACAAACCCAACUUCUUCUGGCAGGCAUCCUGGAGAGUCAUCAGCCCGCUCAUUAUGUUUUUUAUCUUGGUCUUUUACUUGGUUACUAAAGUUUCUGAAGUGAUCUCUUACAAAGCCUGGGAUCCUGAGUCGGAGGAGUUCCCGACAUUGGAGGAAAAGCUGUAUCCAGUCUGGGUCUAUCUGGUCAUCUUUAUACUGGCCGGGAUACCCAGUUUGGCCGUGCCUUUAAUUGCUAUCUGGAAAUGUUUACAGAGAAAGAGAGGGAAUAAAGUCUAUAAUCUAUCUGAUCCAAAUCAAAUGAACCAUGAGCCUGGAAAAGUAUAAUUUUCUUGAGAAAUUCCUUAAAACUUAAGGAAUCUUUCUAAAAUAACCACUUUAUGCUUCGUCAGCCACCACUGACUUUGUGGAAAGCCCUCGUUUCUUGCAAUGAGCCAGGUAGCUGUAAAACUGAAACACAGCUACGUAAUGACUCAUCUGAAUUUUAAGACCAUAACCUGUUUGUCCAGUGUAAUGCAUCACUUUUAGAAUGCCAUAAAAAUUGAUGACUGCAUGAUUAAAAACUCCAUAAAAAAUGGCACGGUGGAGUGAAAACCUAUUCUCUAUCUAUAAAUUAAGUUGAACAGUUCACAUGUAGUUAUUAUUACUGUAUCUGACAUGUAUUUGUUAUCAUUGACCAUCUUCUGACAACUCAAUGUUCUGCUGGGAAACUUUUGGACCUGGCACCCCUACCCCGUAGCAGUGAGACUCUUUGAUGGCAGCAGUCAUCCCCAGCGAGAUGCAGCCUGACACACACUCUACAAAGUGUAUUUGUGUAAUAGUUGAAGUGAUGUAAUUUUUUGCAUGAGUCCGUGAACAAAGUGUAACUUGAAAUUACACUUUGUUCGAUUAACCUACUGUUCUUAGUUGAGACAAAGUGUGUGAGUUGAGUUUCUUUAGGUUUCGUCUAACGCCUUGACAUUUUUCAGAUUUCUUUCAGAGACACGUUUGGCCUCUUAUUGCCAAAUGUCUUUUUUUCUAGUUGUGUUGAUGUAAAGGAACUUCUCCCUCAUUAGAUUAAUAUACUGAACAUUAUCUUUAAACACACUUCACACACACACUACGAUUGCGCCUUUGGGCCAAGAAAUGGCAAUGUGCCAUGUUAUGGAAGCACAUGCAGCAUGUAAAUUAAACUUCUUUUGGAUACUGGACCUUUGUAUGGGGCAGCACAGCAGCUCUGUGGUUGGCGCUGAUGGCUCCCAGUGAGAAGGUCCAGGCUGAAGUCCGGUUUGUGGUGGCAUGUUUGUUGUAGAUUUAUUGGUGAUUCUAAAUUGACCCUGUGAUGGACUCGCAACCUGUCCAGGGUGAACCCUACCUCUUGCCUGAUGACUACAAAAACUACCUGAAACCAUACUAUUAGUUUGUUAAGCAACAGUAACUGAGUUGAAAAAUUAAAAACUUCUAAGUGAAUGCGCCUUAUAAUUUAAGUUGUAUUAAAGUAAACUGUUGAUUUCAAAGCACUCAAGUUAUUAACUGUUUCUAAUCUAACCUGCAAACUGUAACUAAACAAACUGGAAUUAAAUUGCGUGCUACCAAUUGAAGUCAUUUUUUAAGUUGAUCCAACAAUGUCCUUUUUUCUAGUGUGGUUAGUAGAACCGAGGGCAAUAACCUACCGGAACUUUAAAACAUCUUGAGUGAAACUUCGCUUAAAACACUGAAAUUUCUUUAACUUAAGCACUUUGCCUAUUUCUCCCCAAGCUGAUCAUUUUAUGUGAUAAAUAAUUAAAUUCUGAGGCUGGAAGGAGAUGCUGGAAAAAGGGAAGGUGGCCUGGAUCUAUGUAUUGAUGAUAUCUGUCCAGCUGGGGUCACUGUUGCGAUUUGUGAAGGAUUUGAGAUGUGAAAUAAAUACUGAUGAUUCAGAUCCAAGAUGAUAUUUGUAAUCCACUGGUAGAAAAAAAAAAAAAAAAAAAAAAAAACAGACUUGACUGACAGUAUUUUGUAUUAAUAUGUCACAGAAGACAGAUGAAGGUGUCUGCAUGCGCCACAUGUUACUAUCUUCCUGUAAUGUAAUUGACUAAAUUAACUGUGCCACUGUGUGUAAAUAAAACUAAACUGUAUCACAUCUCAAAUUAAAACGUUUGAGUCCUUGUA